AUGGACACAGUAUUGGACGUGCUAGGGCAAACACCAGAUCUAUACAAGCUAUACACACAAAUAUGCUUGAUCUACUCCGGUCCCAACAUAUCUUCGCACGAGAUUAUCACCACCUUGACUGACGGACUUGACCGAUUGGCAAAGGCGUAUCCAUGGCUUACUGGCCAGGUUGUCAACGACGGUGCAGGAGAUGGCAACACAGGCGUCUUCAAAAUCACGCCCCUCGACAAGAUCCAGCUCGUGGUGAAAGAUCUAUGCGAUGACCCCUCUGCGCCAACAAUAGAUGGCCUUCGCCAGGCCAAAUACCCGUUCACCAUGCUGGACGAGAACCUCAUUGCACCUUGCACAACGAUCAAUGUACCUGGAAUCCCGCCAGGAAUCACGACCGAGUCAGCAUUGGUCUUUUGUGUCCAGGCGAAUUUCAUCAAGGGCGGCCUGAUGCUUACAAUCGUUGCUCAGCAUAAUGCCAUGGACAUGACGGGUCAGGAUUUCAUCAUUGACAUGUUAUCCAAGGCUUGCCAAAACGAGCUAUUCACGAGCGAAGAGCUUGCUAUUGGAAAUGCCGAUCGGAGUAGUAUCAUCCCAUUACUCGAUGCUUCGUACGAGCCGGGUCCUGAGCUCGAUCGUCAGAUCGUGAAACCCCCGCCGAGUGUCAGUGACGCUGCCUCGGAACACCCUGCGCCUCCCAAGUCUACCUGGGCCUAUAUCGAGAUAUCUGCAGCAAGUCUCACAGCGCUCAAGUCCUUGGCUACUGCGACAUUACCCCCGACCUCAAAUUACAUCUCCACAGAUGAUGCCGUCAGUGCCUUUCUCUGGCAGUGUGUUGCCCGAGCGCGGGCUCCUCGCUUAGGAUUGUCAUCUGAAUCGAUGCUUGCUCGUGCAGUGGAUGUCCGACGACAUCUGGGCGUGCAUCCGAGUUAUCCAGGACUCUUGCAAACUAUGACCUACAACAAAGACAAGAUUCAGACAGUGUCCGAAGAGCCUUUAGGGAUUGUCUCUGCCCAGCUUCGAUCUCAGCUCGACCCAAAAAUCAAUGAUCUACCCUUUAAUACGCGUGCUUUGGCUACUUUCCUCAGUCGAUCGCCUGAUAGAACUAAGGCUUCGUUCACUGCAACUGUGAACGUUGUGUCGGAUUUCAUGAUCAGUUCUUGGUCUAGGAUUAAUUGCUAUGAACUAGACUUUGGUUUUGGAUUGGGGAAGCCUGAGGCUGUACGAAGACCUCGCUUUAUCCCUUUUGAAGGUUUGGGGUACUUGAUGCCUAGAUCGCCUGCUGGUGAGAUCCCGGUUGCGAUUUGUUUGCGAGAUGAAGAUUGGGAGAGUAUGAGGGCAGACAAGGAGUUUGCUAAAUACGCGAAAUAUAUUGGAUGA